UCGCGUGGAUAGAAGCACUUGGGACUUUUUGUAUGGUACGUUACUCCAACCGUUCGUUUUUUGGAUCGCUCGAUAUGGAACCAGUUAUUCAAUCGCUCGAGGCAGAGCCAGUUAUCCAAGUCACCUUGUCAGACUUUGAUAAUGCAUGGGAGGCCUUGAUGCGUCGUGUGAUAGCCGAAGCUACCUCGUCGUCGUCAGGGUCCAACACCAUGUAUUAUGGGGCGGACAGACAACAACUUGGUACUUCGCGGAGUAUAUACGGUUUCGUGCAGUGUAGUAAAGAUAUUUCUCCGUCGAAAUGUGAACAAUGUUUAAGAAAGAACGUGGAUGACUACAGAUCGUGCUGCAGUGGGAGACAACGUGGCAUUACUGAGAGACCGAGCUGUUUCAUGCGAUGGGAUCUUGAUCCAUUCUUUGGACUUUUUGAGGAUAACAUAGCGCCAGCUCCAACUCCUCCUCCUGAAAAAGGUGACAGAAAGAUACCUAUUGGCGUUGUGGUGGGAAUCACUGGUGUUCUCACCUUCGUGAUCAGUAUGCUGCUUUCACUAGGGGUUGCUCUUUGUAUUAGGAGAAAAGCGCACCAAGAAAAUGGAAAUGAAAGUGAGUUCUUUAUUAUUUGGCACAAAGACAUAAUUGUGGAAAUGAUUUCAACACUAGUAUAUAAAGAUUUGAGCCUAUGCCUAUCCAUGGCUGGUCUGGAGCAUAGGCGAGGGAAUCGACCGCUUAGUGCGUUAAGCGAAAAUUUUAGUUGUAUAUUGAGCAUAAAUUCAUUUUUACAUGAAUAACAAAAUCAUAGAGUUUUAAGUGA